ACAUCACCAACACCCACACCAAAGUCAAUGUACAACUCUUAAAGAACAAUGCGCAACUCGUGGAAGCUGCGAUCCCACCUCUCCUCCCCCACGCCAUUUUCCCUGCAAGCCUACAAACGAAAUACAGACACACCAUUUACAUGAAACCGCAGUAAUUUUCUUUCAUUUUCAGUACACAUCUCGAGCAAGUAAUGGAGUUGGUCUGCUGUAACUGCGGAUACACCGCUCCAUCUUCACCACUGGCGUCGCCGGCGAUUGGUCAGCUAAAGACCCAUCGGAAAUAUGAAAAGUUCUUCCGGAGGUGUUCAUCUGAAAGUAAAGCUAGGAAGCCAGUGAGUGUUCGAGCCCAGAGAAGUGAUUCUUUGGUACAAGUCGAGAAGCCCCUCAGUACAAGCAUUAGCAGCGCACUGGAGCAGCUGGAUAUUGAAAGAGGUGUUUGUAUUCCCUUUCGGAAGUACACUCCGGAAUCGGUCAGGAAUAAUGUGUUGGAGUCAAGAGGUUCAAUAUUGUCAUUAAUUGGCAGAGGUGUUGAAAUUUUAUGGGGUUUGGGACUCUACUGGUCUGCCUUGAUGUAUGAUUGUUUUGUGGGCCGUGAUGAAGAAGUUGUUCCAUUUCGUGCACGCCAACUGAGGAAUCUCCUGUGUGACUUGGGCCCUUCUUUUAUUAAAGCUGGACAGGUGCUUGCUAAUAGGCCUGAUAUUAUCAGAGAGGAUUACAUGAAUGAACUUUGCAUCCUUCAAGAUGAUGUUCCUCCUUUCCCAAAUCAGGUAGCUUUUGACAUAAUAGAAGAGGAGUUGGGCCAACCUCUAGAGGCCGUUUUCAGCAAAAUAUCAUCAGAGACAAUUGCAGCUGCAAGCUUGGGUCAAGUUUAUCGAGCUACACUCCGAUCAUCUGGAGAGGAUGUCGCUAUAAAGGUGCAAAGGCCUGAAAUAGAGCCCAUUAUUUAUAGAGAUCUUUUUCUUUUUCGUACUCUAGCAUCGUUCUUGAACGGGAUCAGCCUGCAAAAACUGGGCUGCAAUGCAGAGCUUAUAGUUGAUGAAUUUGGAGAAAAGCUUUUGGAGGAGCUUGAUUAUACCUUGGAAGCCCGUAACAUUGAAGAUUUUAUUGAGAAUUUCAAGGGUGAUCCAACAGUUAAAAUACCACGCGUCUAUAAGGAGCUUUCUGGUUCACGUGUGUUAGUGAUGGAGUGGAUUGAUGGAAUUCGAUGCACAGAUCCUCAGGCUAUCAAGAAUGAAGGAAUUGACGUAGAUGGUUUUUUGACGGUUGGAGUAAGUGCUGCUUUGCGACAGUUGCUGGAAUUUGGUCUGUUUCAUGGGGAUCCACACCCUGGAAAUAUCUUUGCCAUGCGUGAUGGACGUAUUGCAUAUGUGGACUUUGGGAAUGUGGCUGUUCUCAGUCAGGUAGCUAUCUUCGCCAUAUUGACUGCACUUAAUCAUUUCAAUAUGUUUGUCUUGGUUUCUGACUGGACUAGGGUGCUGUAUAAUGUGAAGUCCAAUGUUCAAAACCAUUGUUGCAGAACAUCCACUAAUACUUACCUAUUUUCUCUCUAUAUCUUUUUUAGUGUGAAAAUAGUAGUUAGUGCUGACUGUUUCUGCAAUAUAUCCAAUGAAAAUAAUUGGUUAAUAUCUUUUCGUUUAAUUGUAACUGCUGAAGUAGAGCUAGUCUACAAUUAUCCUAUUCGAAUUCCAGAGAGGUUCUCUCUUGUUAUUCGCUCUUUGUUGACUCAAGAAGGCAUAUGCUUCACCCUGAAGCCUGAUUUCAAGUUUCUUGAGGUUUCCUAUCCAUAUGUCGCAAAACGCCUUCUGACAGAUCCUAAUCCUGCUUUACGUGAACGUCUUAUUCAGGUAUGUUUUGUUAAAGAUGGGGUUUUCCAGUGGAAAAGGCUUGAGAACCUUAUCAUCUUAGCAAAAGAAAAUGUGGCUAAGAUGAGCAGCAACCCUGCAUUGCAGAAAAACAAUAUGUAUGUCAUAUUCUUGUCCUUGCAAAGCUCUAGGGAGCUACAAAUUGCAAGGAAAUUGGACCUAACAGACACUAUCAAGGACGGGACCCGGCUGUUUCUAAUUGAUGAAGGGAUUCGUAGACAGCUUCUUCUUGCUCUCACAGAAGACUCCAAGCUUCAUAUUCAAGAGCUUGUAGACGUAUACAGAUUGCUCGAGGACCAAAUAGACGUACCUUCGGUAGCUUUACAAGUCGCACGAGAUCUUCCUUCUGUUGCUCGGGACGUAAUGCUUUCAUGGAGUGCCUCUGUCUUGUCUGAUAGAUAAAGUUGUGCCCUGUUGUUGUACAUGCAGUUUUUGUAGUUGUGCUCUAGCAUGUUGACAUGACAAUGUCGGUUUCAAAUUUUGUAUAUAACAUAAUUUUCUAUGUAUAGGUUGUCAUAUGCUUCAAAGGUGUAUGUAAAUUUGUAUGGUUAUCUUUCUAAUAUAAUUCUUUCCAUUAUUUUUCCCUAGCUAGGAGCUAAAAAUGUGUAUACACCUUUGUUCUAAAAAUGGUCUUGGCGGUGCCUAGACUGUAAAUACGAUUUUUACCUAGGC